AUGCCCUCUGUUAUGUACAUCCAACAACAAUUUUAUAAAAGGAAUUGUUGGUAUGGUAUUCAGCUAAGCAUAGACUGGUCAGGUGCCUCGUCAUCUGGCAUCAUUACCCUUAAAGGAAAGUGGACGUGGCCUGCUCUUCACUCCAGCUAUCACAUGAAGGAUCCUUUCCAUUGUGGAAAAAUAAAGACUCAAGAGUGGCGAAGCUCAGACAUGAAGAACAGACCUGUGGUUGCCAAGGGGAGGCGCCUGAGGGAGAGUUGGAGUGGGAGGUUGGGGUUAGCAGAUGCAAGCUUUUCUAUCUAG